UUCCGGGGCGCUGAAAUUCAAAUUUGAACAGUAGCUGGGGCUGUGGCACAGGAGACACUGCCCACGACCGGAGCUGAGCGAGUUGAGCUCGGCCGCGGCGCCCCGUCCUCCCGACCCGACCACAGGCCGGCCUACCCCGCCAGAGUCCUAGGCCCACGAUUGCCCUUUUCGUUGGUGACGCCGGAGCGGCUGAGUCUGCGGACCGCGGGGUCGCGAUGGACCCAUUCACCGAGAAACUCCUUGAGCGGACUCGUGCCAGACGAGAGAACCUUCAGAAAAAGAUGGCUGAGCGGCCCAAGGCGGCGGCCAGGACCACGGCCCAGACCAAGAGGCUUCGGGAGCCGCUCACGGAAGCCAACAACCAGCUGCCGCCGCGGGAGGGAGAAGAAAGAACCUGCACCAAGCCGUCGCCCUCGAAACGACCCUGUUCAGACCAUCCGGAAGUACCAGCUUCGAACCUGGAAAACAAGCAGCCGGAGGCUCCCCCUUCUGCAGACCCCCUUUCUCCGAGCCGCCCUCAGGCGGCGGCCCAGCCUCCCUUAGCGGCCGCGGCCCAGCCUCCCUUAGCGGCCGCGGCCCAAGCCCAGCCUGGGCCCCCGGGGCGGGAGGAGGGAACGCCCCCCGCCCCGACGCAAGUGCCCGCGGCCUCCUCGGUGAAAACGCGCAUGCAGAGACUGGCGCAGCAGCGCCGCGGCUGGGAUGGUGACGAUGCUGUCCUCGAGGCCCCCGGCCCGGCCCCCGCCCCCCCGGCCCCUCAGGCGCCCCCUGCAGGCGCCCCCGCCGCCGCCCCCAUCGGGAGGAGGGGCCGCUUGGCCGACCUUGCUGCCACCAUUUGUUCCUGGGAAGAUGACCUCAGCCGCCCAUCUGCCAAGGCCGGCCGUGGCCAAGAGCAGCCUGGUACAACUUGUUUGUCCCCAGUUUCCUCCUCCACGGGAGCAUCUGCUCACAUCAAUAGCGGCUCUGUCGGCCAGAGAGACCCCGGCUGCUCCCGCCUGGGGCCCGCGGUGGCGGCUGGCUCCGGGGCCGGCUCGCGGGAGGCCUCUCAGAGCCGGGCGGCUCGCAGCAGCCCUCAGAAAGCUGCUCCUCCCCCCGCAAAAUCCCGCACGAGCCCCCCGAGGAGCCCUUCAGGAGGGACCAGGCAGAAGGCAGAGCCGCUCCCUCCAAAGCCCGCCAGCCUCACUCCGCAGAGCGAGCCCGGGAAGUCCGGCCUCAGCUCCGCCCUCCCCCAGCCCAGGCAGGGCCGAGCAGCCCGGGGGCCUCCCCCGAAGGACCAGCCGCUGACUCCAGGGGGAGCCGGCAUCAAGCCUUUCCUGGAGCGCUUCGGCGAGCGUUGCCAGGAGCACGGCAGAGCGAGCCCCGCGGCGCCGACCCCGCCUCGCGCUCCCCUCGUCACCCCCAACACCAAGGCCCUCCAGGAGCGGCUCCUGAGGCAGAACGCGGCCUCGGCCUCCAGCACCCUCAGCCAGCAGCUCAAGCAGGAGCGCCAGAGGGAGCUCGCCUGUCUCCGGGGCCGUCUGGACAAGGGCAACCUGUGGACUUCGGAGCGAGGGGAAGUCCCCAGGAAUAAGCAGCCGGAAGCCAAAGAGGGCGGCCCCUGCCAGGAUGAUUUGCCGGGAAAGCCUCGGGCGGAUUGUGACCAGGACCAGGCCGCAGACUCUGCGCCGCCCGUAAGGUCUCCCCGCGCACAGCCCGCCGGCCUUCCCGAGAGCGACAUGACCACGUCGAGCCCCUUGAGAAUAACUCUGUUCUUGGAGGAAAAAUCGAAAGUCGCGCUGGACCCGGAGGCGGAGAAGCAGACAGAGGAGGCAGAGGAGGCAGAGGAGGCGCACGAGGCCCCCGGGAAUGGGGACGACGACGAGAUUCUCAACAGCUCCAGGGUCAUCAAUGACAUCUUCAGCGGCGUCCUGGCGGAGAACGGCCUGGGCCUGGAGCCUGGGGAGGGCAGCGAGGACAGCUUCGAGGAGCCUGAGGACGACCUGAACAUUUCCUCCAUGUCCCUCCUGACGCCCCUGGCGGAGACGGUGAACGUGACGGGUCCGGAGGCUUUUGCUUCCUCACCCAGCGUGGAAGGGAAAGAUGGCGCGGGAGAGGACGGCCCGAGGCCGGGCAAGUUUCAGAGGACCCGGGUCCCGAGGGCCGAGUCUGAGGACAGCAUCAGCUCUGGAGACCGCGACCUCCCCUACAGCAUCGACACCUACCGCUCUCAGAGGUUCAAAGAGAUCGAACGCCCCUCGAUAAAGCAGGUGAUCGUUCGCAGAGAAGACGUGUCCUCCAAGCUGGAGGAGAGCAAGAGCGCGCCCGCGCCCCCCUGCCAGGUGAACGUCAAGCAGAAGAUUCAGGAGCUGAACAAUGAGAUCAACUUGCAGCAGACGGUGAUCUACCAGGCCAGCCAGGCUCUGAACUGCUGCACUGACGGCGAGCACGGGAAGGGCUCCCUGGAAGAGGCGGAAGCCGAGAGACUGCUCCUGAUCGCAACCGAGAAGAGGGCGGCCCUGAUCGAAGAGCUGAAUAAACUGAAGGCGGAGGGGCCCCCGCGGCGGCCCAGAGCCAGCCCCACGUCCGGCGAGCUGGCGCCGUCCAGAGGCUCCAUCGCGCUCUCCGAGUUCCGGCUGCCUCUGAAAGCCGACUUCGUGUGUGACCCGGCUCAGAGAGCAGAAGCUACGAAUUACUACUUAAUUAUGCUGAAGGCCGGAGCCGAGAAUAUGGUCGCAACGCCUUUGGCGAGCACUGCAGACUCCCUCGCGGGGGACGCGCUGACCUUCACCACCACGUUCACUCUGCAAGACGUGUCCAACGACUUUGAGAUCAACGUCGAAGUUUACAGUCUGGUCCAAAGGAAAGCUCUCCUGGGGUCUGAGAAGAAGAGAAAGGCAUCGAAGGCCAAGGCCAUCACUCCCAAGCGGCUCCUGACGUCCAUCACCACCAAAAGCAGUCUCCACUCUUCAGUGAUGGCGAGUCCGGGGGGCCUCCACGCCGUGCGCACCAGCAACUUCGUCCUCGUGGGCUCUCACACCCUCUCCCUGGCUUCCGUAGGGAACACCAAAUUCGCUCUGGACAAGGUGCCCUUCUUAUGUCCUUUGGAAGGUCAUAUUUAUUUAAAAAUAAAGUGCCAGGUGAACUCUUUUGUGGAAGAAAAGGGCUUUCUGACCAUCUUUGAGGACGUGAGCGGCUUCGGAGCCUGGCACCGACGUUGGUGCGUUCUUGCCGGAAACUGCAUCUCCUACUGGACCUACCCGGACGACGAGAAACGAAAGACUCCUCUAGGGAGGAUAAACUUGGCCAAUUGUACCAGUCGCCAGAUAGAGCCGGCCAACCGGGAGUUCUGUGCCCGGCGCAACACGUUCGAAUUAAUCACCGUGCGACCGCAGAGAGAAGAUGACAAGGAGACUCUGGUCAGCCAGUGCAGAGACACGCUCUGUGUCACCAAGAACUGGCUGUCGGCUGACACGAAAGAGGAGCGGGACCUGUGGAUGCGGAAGCUGAACCAGGUCCUCGUGGACAUCCGCCUCUGGCAGCCGGACGCCUGCUACAAGCCCGUGGGCAAGGCCUGAGCCCCUGGGCGGGGGCGGGCCCGGCGUUGGCUAGAGCUCUGUGCACGCAGCCCCUUCACUACUAACCCCCUUCGCCGCCCCCGGCACGGGGCGCGCUGCCCCCUUCCCAGCCUCCCUCUCCUGGUCGGUCCCCAGUCUUGUUUUAAAGUCUCCGUGUUUGAUUGUCCCCUUUACCGCGUGGGGGGAGGGCAGAUGGGCACUGAGGCCUCAGGAGGCCCCUGCUCAGCUUGUGCUUGGGGUCACGCCAAGAUUUUAAGGGAUUCAGGGCUUUUUCCGAACUCCUCCUGCGUCUGCGUGCAGCUUCCCUCUCAGAGAGACAGAGGAAGCGCUGGGACGCUGCAGGGGCCUCACCCCCGUCCCUCGCCCCUGCGGGGCCGGCUGCACGCGGCCUCCUGCGCCCAGCCUGGGCUCUGCACGGCUCCUGCCCCCGCUGCCCUGGGCGACCCUCCGGGCAGGGAGUGGUGUGAAGUCAGUCACUUUGAUGAAGCUGCUCUGGACUAAUGCUUGCCUUGCCAAAGGUUUACCUCCUCACAGCCUCGAAUGGCGGCGUCUGCCCGCUCAGAACCGCUUGUCUGGGGCCGGAACAGAUCCCGGGGAUGCUGGGAAGCGGGCGUUCUGCUGGGCGCCAUCUUGGGUAGACUUGGGAUCUCUUCUGAAUCUUUAAGCUGUUGGUUCCCACUUACAAACACUAAUUGCCGCCAUUGUUUUCUUGUUCUACGAUAGUAUUUCUUUGGAAAUCUUUUUUCUCAAAUAUAUAUAUAUCUUAAAAUAUAUUUUAUGUAUUUACCCAAAUAAAUGCUUGUAAAUA